AUGAAUUAUGCAAUUUUUGCAAAAUAUGGUACUUCGAUUCUUAAUGAAAAAAGCAAAGUUCAAUAUACAAUUUUUCGAAAUGAUGACUUGUAUGAUAGAUCAGAUCAUGCAGAAGGCUAUUUUAAAAGCACAAAAUGUCUUGGAAAUCGUGAAUAUCAAGAGUUACUUGCUCAAAUUGAUUGCGCUAUAAUUUUAAAUUUAAAAGGAGAAUUAAAUAGUUUA